CAUUGCACUAGACAGAUAAAUAUUCUACUCUCUUUGUCCUCUCCUGCUCCUCCCGACCUCCCCGAUUUGGAUUCUCCAUUGCCUACUUCCAUACAGCUCUGCUCGCUGCUUCUUGCUCUUCACCCUGUCUGACUUUCCCGCUUUCAAGAAUUUGCACUCGAAUCCGAGUCUUUGAGCAGAGGUAAUACCUCUGACUCCGAGGUAUCAUUCGAGGCAGCUAGCUAGCUAGAUAGACGACCAAGCCAUGGAAGCAGCGAUGGCAGCCAAGCGUAUUGCAAUGGUGUGCAUGGCGGCUGCGGCGCUGCUGGUUUCUUUUGGCGUUGGCGCCGACGAGGCGGCCCCGACAGCGGCUGCCUCGUCAAAGGAGCUACAGCGAGGUUUCUCGGUCGCCCACGACACGUCCUAUUCCCAGUUUCAGCCGGUGCUCUCCGAUCCCACCGGCGUCUUCGCCCUGGGGUUUCUCCGCAUCAACUCCACCAUGCUCGACCUCGCCGUCCUCCACCUCCCUUCAGCCUUCCCCCUCUGGCGGGCGAUCCCAGACCGCCCCGCGCCGUGGUCAGCGGCCGCGUCGCUCUCCUUCAAUGGAAGUCUGGUGCUCACCGACCGCGCCACCAACCAAGUGCUCUGGUCCACCGGUGCGGCGGCCGGCGACAGCGCCGUCCUCCUCAACACAUCCAACCUCCAGAUCAAAAGCGAUGGCUCGCCCGGUGCCGUGUGGCAGAGCUUCGACUACCCUUCCGACACCAUCGUCCAGCACCAGAACCUCACCUCAUCGGCGGCGCUUCGUACCCCCGACCGGCGCUUCGCCAUGCGGCUGGGGAGCAACUACUUCGGGCUGUACAUCGAGCCGCCACCGCAGUCUUCUGGCGGCGUCGCCGCCGCCAUGUACCUGAAGCACACGGCGCUGGAGGCCAAGGCCCAGAUCGUGACCGGCGGCGGCCCGAUAUACGCGCGCGUGGAGCCCGACGGCUACCUCGCCAUGUACCAGAAGGAGGGCGACCCCGCCGACGUCAUGUCCUUCGACACCUUCAACCACGGCAUCCGCGCCUUCCGCCGCAUGACUCUCGAGCCCGACGCUAACCUCCGCGCCUACUACUGGGACGGCUCCCGGUGGGUCCUCGACUACACCGCCAUCACCGAUUCUUGCGAGCUGCCCACCACCUGCGGCGCCUACAGCGUCUGCGUCCCUCCCAGCGGCCGGUGCGCGUGCCUGGCCAACGCCACCGAUGGCUCGGGCUGCGCCGCCGCCCCCGUCGGGAACGGCCUCUGCGGCACCACAGGCCGCGAGGUCGGCGGAUUGUACUGGGAGCUGCGGAAACAAGGCGUGGAGCCGGCGAAUAAGGAGCAACUAGGAUUCGAGCACGCCUUGUCGGCGGAGGACUGCGAGGAGCGGUGCGCGCGCAACUGCAAUUGUUGGGGCGCGGUGUACAGCAACAGCACGGGGUACUGCUACCUCAUGGACUACCCGGCGCAGCUGAUGGUUGCCGCCGACGAGAGGAAGGUGGGAUACUUUAAGGUCAGGAGCAUGGAAGAGGCGGCUGAGCGCGGCCGGAGGGCGACUGGUGUUACGGUGGCGCUGCUUGUCGUCGGCGUCGCGGUGGUGGUGGCCGCGGCUGCGUUCGGGGCGUACAGGGUGUGGGACAGGAGGCGACGCACGGAGGCGGAAACGAGGCGGCAGCUAGGCGCCGACGGCGACGGGCUCUCGCCGGGGCCCUACAAGAAUUUGGGGUCCUUUAGUUCCGUCGAGCUCUCCAGCAGCUUCAACUCCUUCCGGAGGUAGCCUGACAUGGUGACAUCCGCACCAGUCCAGCAGAUCGGACCGGAACGGAUCAGAUCACCGCGGAAGGGCUCGCCGCGGACGGAGAAGGCGCACCGCGCACGGGCACGGGAACGGAGGUGCGACGGUGGCCGCUGAUCGGAGGAAAGGCCAACCCGAGACGAUCCGUCGUCUUUGGGCUUGAUUUUGCGGCACCAAAUCUGGGGAAGCUUUUUUGGACAGGUCAGUAGGUCAGUGUAAUAUGGGCCAGUUUUCUGUCAGUUGAUUAGGCCUACAAGGUAACUUAAGGUACGGGUGGCCCAUAUGCUGUAUUUUUUUGAACGGCCCAUCUGGUUGGAAAAUUACUCGAGAUGUGAAAUUGUGAAUGUUUGAAAUCC